AUGUCUCCCUCAGAACUCGCGGAAUGCAGAGAAAACCUCAAACGCCGAUGGGAAAAUCGUCGGGUUGACAAAGCGUUGCUUCAACGCGCAUGGGAAACUGCACAUCGCGUCGCCACCGUACUCUACCAAGACUUUGGUGCAGCGAAAGUUGCUGUCUUCGGUUCUCUCGCUGAACGAGAAGGGUUCACAAAAGUAUCGGACAUUGACAUCGCUGUCUGGGGACUAUCAGAUGCCCAGUGUCGUGACGCUCGUUGGGAAAUUGCUGACUUGUGCCUUGAGUUCAAGAUUGACCUAAUUAAUUUUGACGAAUCCACUGGACUUUUCCGAGAGCGAGUGGAGCAUCAAGCGAUUCCUUUUAAAAAUGGCGACGAGGGCAUAGAGAGGCAGGCCCCUUAUGAACAUCAUCUCCCAACUAUUCCUGCUCGAAACGGAGCAAUUUACGAGAUGAAUCAAAUCAAACUCAUCCAACGCAUCACAGAUGAACGUGCGAAAAUAGAGCGGGUCAUUAGUAGUAUUACAGAACUAUUGCGAGAAAUUGAAGUAGCUGUGCCUCGCCAUAGAAAAUUCUUUGAAGAGUUAACUGCUAAAAAACUCGCUGAGGUUUACAGUGGCACUGAGCGAAUUUUUGAACGGAUUGCCCGUGAGGUAGAUAUGCACACGCCCAGGGGGAGUCAGUGGCAUAACAACCUUCUUAAACAAAUGGCAGAACGACGACCAGAACGCCCUCCCGUGAUUUCCGAGAAAACCUUGCCGAGAUUAAAAGAACUUUUAGAUUUCCGACACAAAGUCAAUAACAUUUACGGCGACGAGCUGAUUUACGCGAAAGCCGAGGAACAUGCAAAGCCAAUUGAGGCACUAUUUGCAAUCGUUUCUGAAGAGUUGGAUACGUUUAUCGCUUUUCUAACCGAACCCCGCGAGUCAGAUGAGAAACGAUGA